AAAUUCUAUAAAUAUGGUCAAGCCACUGGGGUAGACACUUCCAUCCCAUUAUCCAAAUCCAAAUUCUUCUUCUAGACAAGCAAGGGGAUCAGUCCAGAGAGGGAAGAAAGAUGAAGACUUUAGCGGUUGUUCUGGUGCUUGCAUUGGCCUUCAGCUUUGGAGAAGCUCUGAGGUGCAACCGGUGUAUCAGUAGAAGCUGUUCCAACACCGUGGAGACGUGCAGCGGACCCAACGACGUCUGCGCAAGUGUGAUCUUCCUACCUCCCGCCCCCAUCAAUUUCUUCAGACGUUGCAUGAAGGCGUCCGACUGCUUCCUGUUGAGUUCUCUGCCCAGCCUUGUGACGGCCAGAUGCUGUGAGACAGACCUCUGCAACUAAAGCCCAGAGCUGGGGUCGCAAGUCACCAAGGUUACAUCUCUACCAGGGCUAUUCCCAUUUUGAAAUGGGCCAUUUCCCUUUCUGUACCAUCUGUAGUGAGUAAGUGGAUUGACAUGCAUGACAAUAAAGCUAUUAUGAAUUAGUAAAAAUGAA